AUGGCCUCGACCUUCCCCAUAAACAAGCAGACCUUUGUUGGCAUUGUCGUCUUUCUCUUCUUCCUGUGGACAAUGUCGACCUUUACCCCGACAACAUCGACAAGAACGAUACAUAUGACGCCCGAACAAGCUGGGGAGCAGCCGGGCCAGCCGGACAAGUUGAGGCCUGCCCUGGACACCUCCCUCCCGAACGAAUCGCCCCAGCUUUCGCUUGCGUCGCCGUUGUCGCACGAGACCGCGGGGGGCAACACAGCGCAUGAGGCCGACAAAACGGCUGCCAAGGAAGCACCGCAGACUCCAAGCCCAGACUCGACCAAGAGCAAGAGCGGAGGCAAGAACAAGGACAAGGACAAGAGCAAGUCGGCCCCGGCGUCGAGCAAGCCGCACGCGCCCUCGUCCUCGUCCUCCAAAGGGCACGACAGGCCCCUGAUCCUCUACGCCUUCGCCGAGUCCAAUGCCGCCCGCGAGAACCUCAAGUUCUUCGUUAACCAGGGCCUCCACGAUGCCGCCGAUUUCAUCUUCAUCCUGAACGGUGAGACCGACAUCAGCAGCGUCAUCCCGGAUAAGAAGAACAUCAAGGUCAUCAGCCGUGACAACUCCUGCUUCGACCUGGGUGCUUACGGUGAGGUCCUCCGCAAGGACGACUUGUACAAGAAGUACAAGCGCUUCAUCACACUGAACGCGAGCAUCCGCGGGCCCUUUCUCCCCCACUGGGCCCAAUCCUGCUGGAGCGACAUGUACCUUGGACGUGUCACGGACGAGGUCAAGCUGGUCGGUAUGACGGCUAACUGCUGGCCCCGGUUCCACGUCCAGUCGAUGAUCUGGGCCACCGACAUAGUCGGCAUCGAACUGCUCCUCAACCCGCCUCCGCGCUCUUCUAUAGAAGACCAGUUUGGUACCGUGGACGAUCCCGUAGGCAUGAGCGGCUGCUACGACGAUUGGAAUCACGCCGUCCACGCCGAGAUCGGCUCCACAGACGCCUUCCUGAAGCAGGGCUACAAGGUCGACGUCAUGAUGACAGCCUUUCAAAAGUCAAAGAACUACAUCGAGGAGUGCGACACGUCGGAGAACGGCGACGUCCUCUGGAACGGCAGGUACUUUGGCACAAACGUCCACCCCUACGAGACCAUCUUUAUCAAGGCCAACCGUGACAUUGACCCCACUCUCAUCGAGCACCUGACGACGUGGCAUCAGGCGUCGGGCUUUGACAGUUAUGCCGCCUACCGCUUCGGGGUGAGCCGACGAGCGAGGCCGCCCGAGCCGGUGGCCACCGCCGAGUUCGAGUUGCCGAUCCCGGAGCUGGAAGACGCGCCGGGCAACUUGGACUCGAGCAUCGAUCACGCGGAACUCCUGGCGAAGAGGCCAGAAAGGAACUCGUACACGGCGGGCAGCGGCGUCCGCGUAGUCGUAGGUGAUAUUGGUGGAGUUGUCAAAGACGACGAGGGUGCGGAGGCGGAUGAUGCUGGCGAGGGUGACGCUGGAAAGUCCUGUCAGUCUCACAGCACUCGAUCGGAAAGGGGACAAGGAGCGGCAAGCACAUACAAAAUGCCUAUGGAGAACACGAUCGUGACUAUGAGCUUCCUUUUCGACGGCAUCUGCAGCUGGUGGUCCUCUUCCAGCUGCAACCAGGCAUGGUUGAAUGGGCCAGCACUGGAAGAAUGUCGCAAAGAAAAAGGCGACCGCUUACGCCAGGGUGAGACCAAUGGUCACCCAUAUGGCAAGCCGCCUACCGACUUCUCCCUGCUCAAGAAAUGCACGUUCCUCGACAUGAACGGCACCUAUGACGGCGAGGACUCCUGCUUCAACCAGUGGCAAGCCGGCAUCGGCGGUCUCAAGGGCGGCUCUAUACGACCAACGGCAUCGCGUUCGGGUACCUCAAGCACCUCUUCUUCGUGGGCGUCAGCGGCGAGGAGGACCUGCAGGCCGUAUGCGAGGGCAUGGAAUACGGCAUUGAGGCGUUUGAGAACCUCACCCCCGCUCGAAAGUGCCUUUGAGCGCAUCUGGCCGCCCAAGCAGGUCUCAUCCGAGGCUAAGAUGAAGCAGUUCGCCGAGGACGAGGCCAGGGGCCACCACGCCAGCUGCAUCGCGCCCAUCGGUGCCGACGACAAUCCCCAAGCCGUCUUGGACUCCAACUUCAAGGUCCACGGCGUCGACGGCCUGAGAGUCGUGAGCGCUUCCAUCUUCCCCAAGAUCCCCGGCUUCUACGUCGUGCUCGGGAUCUACAUGGCGAGCAAGAAAGCGACCGAUGUGAUUUUUGCCGAGGCACAGGUCGCUUUUAACCGUCCCACGGGAUACGGCCUCGGCCACGCCCGUCUCUCAAUCAUAGACCUCUCCCCAGCUGGCCUGCAACCGCUCCACAGUAAAGACGGUCAGCUCCACGCCGCCGUCAACGGCGAGAUCUACGACCACGACGCCAUCCGCGCCCGCUGCGCUGCCGAGCACGGCUACGACUUCUCCGGUCGCAGUGAUAGCGAGGUCGUCCUCGCGCUGUACCGGCACCACGGCGCGCCCGGCUUCCUCGACCACCUGCGCGGCGAGUUCGCCUUCGUCCUGCACGACGAGCGGUCCGGGGACGUGAUCGCCGCGAGGGACCGGUUCGGCAUCAAGCCGCUAUUCUGGACCCGAGUCAACAACGAUGACAAUGACGACGACGACGACGACGACGACGACGACGACGAUGACGGCGCCCUGGCCCGGAUCCUCGUGGCGUCUGAGAUCAAGGCGUUCCUGCCAAUGGGAUGGCGGCCCGAGUGGGACGUCGCCGCCAUCGCCAGCGGCGCAGCGAUGCAGGGCGAGGGGACGCUGUUCAAGGGGGUGAAAAAGGUCUUGCCCGGGCACUGGAUGCGGUUCGCGCGGGAUGGGAGUGUCAAGCAGUAUCGCUAUUGGGAUGCCAACUACGGCGACAAAUCAGUCAGGGAGACGCGCACGCUCGAAGAGAUGACGCAGGGCGUCCGCGACCGACUCGUGGAAGCCGUCCGUCUGCGCCUCCAGGCCGACGUGCCCGUCGGCAUCUACCUCUCGGGUGGCAUCGACUCCUCCAUCGUGGCCGGCAUCACGACCCAGCUCGUGCGGGAGAGAGGCAUUAAGCUGGGGAGCCGGGGCGCUGAGGACCAGAUCACCUGCUUCAGCAUCUCCUUCACCUCGGACUCGGCCUACAACGAGUACGACAUCGCGGAGCGCACCGCCAAGUGGCUCGAUGUGGCCAUCGUGGAAAAGGCCAUGGACGAGGCCGAACUUGCGCGCCACUUCGCCGACUCGGUCUACCACACCGAGCACCAUCACUACAAUCUCAACAGCGUUGGGAAGCACGCCUUGUCGGAGCUGCCGCGCCUUCGGGGUAUCCCCGUCGUUCUCACUGGCGAAGGCGCCGACGAGCACUUCGCCGGCUACCCCUUCCUCGUCUCGGAUCUCCUCCGCGAGCCCGACGCCGCCUUCCCCUCGUCUCCGAUCGACACCGACGCCGUCUUCCGUGCCGCCUUCCUCGAGACCGCCGAGGCCCAACUGCGGACCAUGUUCAACAUCGUCGGCAUGUUCGACCACCCCGCCCUUGACGACGGCAACCCGGACUUCUGGCCCCUUGCGGGCCUCGACUCCUUCUGGGCUCAGCUACGCUCGCAUCCCUCCAACGACGUCUUCGCCCCCUGGGUGCGCCGGGCGACCGCCAGCGAUGGCCUAGACGCAUACGCCGCGAUGGUCGACGCCUUGCCUGCCGACGCGCGCCAGAACAUGCUCACGCGCUGGCACGCGCUCCACUCGGCUCUGUACCUCUACCUCAAGACCUCCAUGGCCAACAUGGUUCUUACAUGCUUGGGCGACCGGUCCGAGAUGGCACACAGCAUCGAGGCGCGCCUUCCGUUCCUUGACCACGAGCUCGCCGAAUAUGUCAACGGGCUCCCGCCCAGUGUCAAGAUGAGCUACCGCCACCCCGAAGAAGGAGAUGACAACGGGCGCGCGACGAGGGGACAAGGAGCAGAGAGCCUGUUCUGGAACAACAUGGCCGCCGCCCGAGACCGUCUGAUCGACAAGAAGAUUUUACGGGACGCCGGACGGCCCUUCAUCACGGACGAGAUUUAUCACCGCAAGAAGCACCCUUACUCUGCCCCGUCAAAAUGGCCCGUAGGCGGGCCCAUGCAAUCCAUGUUCCAGGAUCUGCUAACUAAGGAGGCGGUCGACCAGCUGGGCUUCGUCGACUACGAUGUCGUCUCCUCGUCGCUCAGGUCUGCGUUUGGCGCGGACGGCGACCUUGUGGCGUUCAGGAAACUGCUCGUCGUCGGCGCCUGGGUUGUGCUGAGCCAAAGAUUCGGUGUCAGACCAGCGGGAGCCUGGUAA